UUGGGAGUCAAUUUUCGCUCGUGCUUAAUAUAAGGCCACCAGAAUAUUCUCAGUAUUAACUUUCCAAGCGUCUACAGAAACAGCCUUCUCAGACGUUCACUGCUAAGGAACUCACCAGAAUGGCUUCUCGACCCAAAGGAUUUGGUAUGACCGCUGAAUUGCAACGAAAGAAAGAUGCAAAAUAUGAUUCAGAUCUGGAGGUACAAAUAAGAGAAUGGAUCAAUGCAGUUCUAGGUGGACAAGUUCUUAAACCUGAGCCUGAUCAAAAAGAUUUCCAUGAAUCUCUGAAGAGUGGGGAAAUCCUAGUCGAUCUAGCAAAUGCGCUGGGUGGAAAGUAUAAGAAGAACUCAAGCAAGAUGGCUUUCAAAAUGAUGGAGAAUAUUGGAAACUUUCUGAGUUUCUGUGAUGAACUGGGAGUUCCUAAAAGUGAUGUGUUUCAGACUGUGGACUUAUAUGAGUCACAGAACAUUCCUGGGGUAAUCAGUGGGUUGCAUGCUUUUGCACGAAAGACAAACGCGUUAGGAAAAGCAGUACCUUCGCUGGGACCCAAAGAAGCAGAAGAGAACAAGCGCGUGUUCACCGAGCAGCAACUCAAGGAAGGACAGAACGUAAUCGGGCUUCAGAUGGGAACCAAUAAAGGUGCCUCGCAGGCGGGAGACCAUUUUGGCCGCCCUAGGCAGGUGGCUGGCGCAAAUGUUUACAAAUGAGGUCCAUAGCGUGCGUGUGUCCUUAAGAACAUAGAUUUGUCGUGGUUCAUGUCAAGAGUGUAAUUUGUAGCUAAUAACAAGACUCAGCAAGAUAUGAGUAGUGUAUUUAUACUUAGUUUUAGCAAUCAUUUCCACCAGUGCAUUUGUUACUCCAAGGUCUUAAUUGUGGGCGUAAAAAUUUUUCUAGAGUGAUUUAGUUUUGGACAAAUAAAUUGGUUGGAUUUUGUCAGUGCU